CACCACCACCGCGACUCUACAGCACUCCCGUCGCUUCGUGUGCGUUGCCUUUGCGUAUCUGUGAGCCUGUGUCACCCUCUCUUGUCGUCUUCUCCGUCAGCCUUUCCUUUCCUCCUCCUGGCGCGCCCCUCUCGCCUUUCCCGCGCGCACCGUCGCCUCGUCCAAUCCUGAACCGCCUGCGUCAAUCCACGGACAGCUUCGGUGUCGGCAGCCUGCAUUCAUGAUCCACCUCCUGCAGAUAACCCCAGCAUCCCAGCGAAUAAAAACACCGUCCGCACCGUGAGCAGCGUCGACUACUUUUCUUGUUACACGUCCAUUGCGCCCGCACGUUCCCCACCUCAUGGAAUUUUGCUGAGAGAGUCACGUCCCGAUCGUGCCAGUCUCAGACCGUCAAUUGGAGCCGCUGCACGCGAGACGUGACAAGAGUGACGUCCCUUUGAUCCGAAUCGCUCGUUUCGUGCUGCUGCGCCGGCUGCUGGCAGGUAACCCGCCGACACAGCGACCGGCACGCGAGAUCGGGCGCAUCACAGUGCUCGCUGCUUGGGCGUCUCUUCGUUGUUUUGCUGGGUAGUGGGUGACUGCCGGCAUGGCCACCAUGUCGGCCACACAGCAGAUUCGAACCAUCACUCCUCCAAGCAGUUCCCACGGAAAUUCAGCGUGGGACUACGAGAAUCAACAAUCCGCAUACACAGACGACAAGCCGCCUAGAGCUGGACAAAGUGACUCUCGGCCUCCGCUGUCUCAAAACGUGAACGGCAGCCGCAAGAUGUCGUACGGCUCGGACACUAACGCCCGAGUGACUCCAGGGCCUGAGAAUGACUCGGCCUCGAUGAGGAAAAUGUCCCGCAAGAAGAGCAGCAUCAGGCAGGACAGCGAAUCGGACGCCUCAUUCGACAUGUACAAGACUACGUCUGGGAGCCGUAGCAUCAGCAAUGGCAUUGAUAGGAGCGGAAAGCGCAAGCCGAGUAAUGCCAAGAUACGCAAUCCUGAAGAUGACGAGGACAACUGGAUCCACAGAGACAAGCUGGCCCAGAUCGAAAGCAGAGAGCUAGAAGAGGCUGGUUUCCCCGUGGUGCGUACGAGUCGUUCAGGGAGCAGAGCAGGCGCUGGGACCGCAUACGUCAGACAGGAUGACUAUGAGCAGGACGGAGAUGUUGAUGAAUACAAGACGCCCAAGAACCACGACACGAAGCGGCAGCGAGUGGUGUCUCCCAUACCUGCAGAAGAGGAGGAAGAUGAAGGUUUCGACUUCGAACUUCGCACGCCGGAAGAGGUGGCGGCGGAGCAGGAGAGCAGAUAUUUUCAAUCACCGCCUUUGAAGCCCAAUGGCACAAGGAUACCAAUGCCCAAACAGAGUCCAGUCCCUGUGCCGUCCAUCAUCAUGGAGCGAGACUCGCCGCUGCCACGGAGUCGAGCGAGCAGUGGCACUGGCAUACCCGAGAUACGCUCGAGGAGCCGCAGCAUCAGCUCGCAGGUCAUGCUGGAAGAUGAUGUGCCCCGUACACCGCUCGAGGCUCGACGACCAUCGGCAUCGGACGACUCUCCCUCUUCUUCCCCGCCAAAGACCAAGGCUCCAGCCAAAGGAUCAUCAACAUCCGGCACACGCAAAGCCUCUAACCAGCGAAAUGCUUCGGGCACGUCCAAGUACCGUGCCUCGUCGCAGCAAAAUCGCAACUCACCCGAAAAGCGACCAGGCACAUCGUCUGGCCGGCCAAGCACGUCACAUAGGCCUGAAGGGGAUCCGCCAUGGUUGGCGACCAUGUACAAACCUGAUCCUCGAUUGCCACCCGAUCAGCAAAUGCUUCCUACGCAUGCACGGCGGCUGGCGCAAGAGAAAUGGGAGAAAGAAGGCAAGACGGGUACGGUAUACGAUCGCGAGUUCCGACUUCUCAACACGGAAGAAAUCGAGCGGCCGCUCAGCCUCGACUUCAGCAACAAAGACACGAAACCGACGGAGAAGAGCCGGCCGGCGAAUAUACAGACGGAGAAUAAGUGGCCGCUGGCCAGUCCGCUGGGCAGCCCUAACCAGGCCAGCAGACCUGGAACGAGUGGCACAGAGCACGGCGGAUACAGUACCAUGCCCAAGAUCACGACUCCUCCGAUUGCAGCGCCAACCCCUGCGAAGGUUGAGAAGCCGCAGGAGCACGUCAAGCUGCCCGAGCCAAACGAAGAAGUUAAUGAGAAGAAAGGGUGCUGCUGCAUCGUAAUGUAAAAAGCCGUUUCCCAUCAACGCCAACAGGCACCUCGACGAAAUCACUUGUCACAAACCUACACAUGCAAGCGCAUACGAAAACGCACAACUCACAUCCACACAUUCCACGCCGAAAAAAAGUUUCCCGAGGCUAGGACCACAGCUGCGUUCGCCUCAUAGCAUUCGUCAUGCAGAUUAUUUUCUCGUUUGUGUUUAUACUACUACAGGGCUUACAGCGGAGUUGCACGGCGUUCGUCAAUGGUGGCUUGUCUGUCACAUUGAAAAAAGGGUUAGAACAGGUCUUGGACCCGUUCCCAAUAUUCACCGAUAGUACGGCUGGAGUUCUGGCAACCGUAGCCGUAGGAGCGUGGCGUCCAACUGGCAGGCGGGCCAACAGAGAGGCAGGAGUUUUUGUGCGAAAAGAGAUGUGCGCGCGUGGACGACUUGAUAGCGUUUUCUCGACCUUGCAGGGCUUAUUUUUUCUCUUCCCUUUGCCCUUCUUUUGUUUUCAUUUCCCUCUCGUUCACAUUCACCAUCACAAACAUACAUUGUUCUUUCUGGGUCCAAACGCGAGACAUCUCAUCCUAGGCCUCGUUCAUUUUGGCUCCGGUUGUGUUAAAGCGCUGAUUGCUUAUUUUUUUAAUUUUUUUUGCCUUGCCGAGAUUGAUGCAUUUCAGAUAUCCCUUGAACUCAACACGCUCACAUAGUCUUUGAUUAUCUAUUUCAUUGUGUGUUGCUUGAUCAUACUGCUCAUAUCUGUGUGCUUUUUUUUCAUGAUGGGGGGAGAGUUGGGAGCAGAGAGAGGAGAGAAGAGUGCGAGAAGCAGCGAGAGAUGAGGAAGACGGCCGUGAGGCUUGAGUGUAGAUACAGUGUCUUUCAGAGGGAAUGAGAACGAUUUCCGAACGGACGCUUCUUCGAUCGUGCGUUGUUGUAACGUAGGGCUUACUUGCCGUGCGCUGUAGAUGACUUCAUGGUGUGUCAUG